GUUGGUGUAAUAUUGAUUACAAAAGACGGAAACUCAAAUAAAGAUGAUAUAAACACUGCUAACUAUUUCACACAAUGCUUUAAUCCAAAAAAAAUUAACCACGGAAUGAAACUUACUCCAGGAACCGACAAUAUCACCGUUACUUGGGAAAAAUUAAGAAAAAACGAUGCCAACGAGUGCAAUAUCACAUCAUUUAUUUUAAAAUUAAUGUCUAAUUUAACACGGAACGAAAAUUCGUUAUUUCAAGAGGAGAUACUAAUUAAGGAUAAUGAAUACGUUUUUAAUAAUUUAAUACCAUCUCAUACAUAUGCUGUACAAUUAAUAGGACAAACGAUUUUGGGUUUAAUCAAUGUUUCAGAUGUAAAAUAUGCGACUACAGAAACUUUUGAAUUGAUUGAUAUUGAAGACAUUUCAGUGUUGUUCGGUCAAAACUCUGACAGUUCCUUACUUUUAUCAUGGAAACUAGGUGAACUAAUAAAUUCAGAAAUAAAUUAUAAAAUUAAAUACAAGGUAAAUCGGCAUUUCAGUUGUUCAUAUAAUAUUAUAAACAAUAACUGGAAAGAAAUUAUAGUACACAAUGUUACUGAAUACUAUUUGUUCGGUCUUAUACCAAACUCCCAAUAUAUCAUAAAAGUUGAGCCUAUUACAAAUGGUUAUAAUUAUAGUGAAAAUGAAAACAUUAUAUACGCGAUGACUGCACCUUCAACACCACGAACUUCUCCUGUGUUAGACAAUAAUGGCACAUUUUAUGUGAGUAACCAAACGGCAUCAAUAAAAUGGCUAGUAGAUAAAAAUCAAUGUGUCAAGGUGAAUGGUUUUCAAACAGGCUUUUAUUACAAAUUAAAGAAUUUAGCACAAGACACUAUUAUAGAAAAUGAAACUGACGAUACUUCAAUAGAAUUUAACAAUUUAAUGCCGAAUACAUCAUAUGUUCUAGAAGUUUAUAUAAAAACGAAAAAAGGAUAUAAUGAAAACUUUAUGUUAAAAGUACCCUUUCAAACAAAAUCGAAGUUUUUACCUGCAAUAGAAAAUUUAUCAGUUUACAAAAAAAAUUCAAAAACGAAAACUAUAGGUUUGAGAUGGAGUUACGAUAACGAGUCUGAUAUAAAUGGUUUUAUAAUUCAUUUAAUUGCUUCUUAUUAUAAAGUUAAUUCCAAACAAAUAACAAUCGAAGUUCCAUCGAGAUGUACUGCAUGGCCAGAUAUGUAUUGUGAAACUAUAGAUAAUUUAACACCAAGCACCCAGUACACUAUUAAAAUAAAAGCCAAAUCUUUAGAUUAUCCUAAUGGUGGAUUAGUGGCAUCUGAAGAUUUUAAUACUGUCGACGGAAUUCCAGAUGAACCUGGAAAUUUGACGAUUACUUAUGUCGGCACCAACAACAUUUCCCUAGAAUGGAACAUCCCUUGGAUGUUUAACGGUGCACUUAAUUCGUUUAUAAUAAACGCAGAAGAAGUUUCUGCAAUAGAUAUUGAUUCAUGUUGUACUAGUUAUCCGCCUAUUGAACUAUUAGUUACCGAAGAAAAGCCGACUUAUACUUAUAAGCUAGGUAACUUAAAGCCUGGUUCAACUUAUGCAAUCGGUGUGCUGUCAAAAACUUCAUGGUAUAGUCAAGUUAAAAGAAUUCACGUUACAACACUGAUUGAUUAAAAAUAUCGAGUCAUUUACCAAGUGUUCAUGACAAUUUAAAAUUAAAAUAGAGUAAAUAACUCGUUUUUCAAUAUAAAUGUGACUAUUAUAUUAAUUUUUUGUACUUAUAAUAGACAAAAUAAA